AUGGCGGAGGCUGCAGCUCCCGGAACAACAGCCACAACAUCUGGAGCAGGAGCGGCAGCGGCGGUGCUGGCAGCGGCCUCCCCUACCCCUCUCCCCACUGUCCCCUCGCCGGCCCCGGGGGCGGGGGGCGGGGGAGGCGGCAGCGACGGCGCUCCUCCGCACCCGCACCCGCCGGCCUCACGCUCGCUCCCGCCGGGCCUCGGCGCCGGCAAGGAGAGCUCUGGAGGCCCGGGCGAGCGGCGAGGGCCGGCCGCCGUGAGCCGGUCGGCCAACGACCUUCUCCGGGCCUGCGAUGGCCCGCGGCGGGCGCCGGCCGGGUUGCCUAGCGCCCGGGGCCCCUGCUCGGAGCCAACGUUUGUAACGUCUCUUCCCGUCCCCGCCCCUCCCCCCGGGCCCCGCGCCGCCGUGGCCAACGGCUUUUGGUAUUUUAUGCACGGCGUGUGUAAGGAAGGAGAGAACUGUCGCUACUCGCAUGACCUGUCUGACAGCCCGUACGGGGUAGUGUGCAAGUAUUUCCAGCGAGGGUACUGUAUUUACGGAGACCUCUGCAGAUAUGAACAUAGCAAACCGUUGAAGCAGGAGGAAGAGACUACUACAGAUCCAGCUACAAAACCAGCCGUCGCUGCUUCCUCAAGUCUCCCGUCAGGAGUUGGACCACUUGUUGAAAUGAGCACGGGUGAAGCUGAAUCGAGAAAUUCAAACUUUGCAACUGUCGGAGCAGGGGCAGAAGACUGGGUGAAUGCUAUCGAGUUUGUUCCAGGACAGCCCUACUGUGGCCGUACUGCCCCUUCCUGCACUGAAGCGCCCCUGCAGGGCUCAGUGACCAAGGAGGAGCCCAGAAAGGAGCUGCCCGCUGUGGAGUCAAAGCAGCAGCUGUGCCCGUAUGCCGCCGUGGGCGAAUGCCGCUAUGGGGAGAAUUGUGUGUACCUCCACGGGGACUCGUGUGACAUGUGUGGCCUGCAGGUCCUGCACCCAGUGGAUGCGGCCCAGCGGUCACAGCACAUCAAAUCCUGCAUCGAGGCCCACGAGAAGGACAUGGAGCUCUCGUUCGCAGUGCAGCGCAGUAAGGACAUGGUGUGCGGGAUCUGCAUGGAGGUGGUCUACGAGAAGGCCAACCCCAGCGAGCGCCGCUUUGGAAUCCUGUCCAACUGCAACCACACCUACUGUCUCAAGUGUAUCCGCAAGUGGAGGAGCGCGAAGCAGUUUGAGAGCAAGAUCAUAAAGUCCUGCCCUGAAUGCCGGAUCACAUCUAACUUUGUCAUUCCAAGUGAGUACUGGGUGGAGGAGAAAGAAGAGAAGCAGAGACUCAUUGAGAAAUACAAGGAGGCGAUGAGCAACAAGGCGUGCAGGUAUUUUGAUGAAGGACGUGGGAGCUGCCCGUUUGGAGGGAACUGUUUUUACAAGCACGCCUACCCUGACGGCCGUAGAGAGGAACCACAGAGACAGAAAGCGGGAGCAUCGAGCAGAUGCCGGGCCCAACGCAGGAACCACUUCUGGGAGCUUAUCGAGGAAAGAGAGAGCGGCAACCCCUUUGACAACGACGAAGAGGAGGUGGUCACCUUCGAGCUGGGCGAGAUGCUGCUCAUGCUGUUGGCCGCCGGUGGGGACGAGGACCUGACGGACUCGGAGGACGAGUGGGACUUGUUCCAUGACGAGCUGGAGGACCUUUACGACCUGGACCUAUAG